AUGUUAACUGUUAUUGUCUACGAUAAAGAUGAUGAUAAAUUAGAUGAUUAUAUUGGGAAAUUUACAAUAGAAAAUAUUAUACAUGAAGAUGGUCAGAUCAAAUCUAUACCAAUUAUAGGUCUACUAUGUAUACCAUGUGGAAAAUUUAAUUUACGUAUAACUUCUACAAGUUGUACAACGGAAACAAAUCAAUUACAUCGUUAUACAUUUGAUGGACCUAUACGUUAUUCACGUCAUGAUUCAUAUACAGUUGGACGUUUAACUGAAUUGAGUCAUAAAACAUCUAGAGAUCGUGCUGAUCAAUAUUAUUCAACAUUUAAGAUACAAUUAAGACGUAUAUCUUCAUAUUUACCGAUAGAAAAGCGUCAAAAAUGGAAUAUUAAGUAUAAAGCAGCACAAACUAUAUUUCAAGGUCCAUUGUCAUCAUGCGUGCAAUCAAGUAUUAAAAUAGCACAUCAAAUGUUAUAUGCUAAAACAACAACAACAGAAUAUGGUCUCUUGUCCAAUGGUGAUGGACAUGAAGUAUGGCGCUUAUUUAUGGAUCGGCAUGCAAAUAAUCGUAUUAAACCAUGUAUUUACACAUAUGUUAUUGAUGAUUAUAUAUGGCGUUUUAGUGAAACUGGGGUGGAAUUUUUUAUUGAUAUUGCAAGUAAACAUGCUCUACAUGCAAAUGCAGCUGAAACUGUGCGAUAUGCGGGUGAAAUGCAUCCCCGUCCACGAGAUGGUUGGCAAGAAUAUCGGGAUAAUGUAGAUUCAGAAUUUGAAGGAAGAGAAUGGGAAUUAGUUAUUGAUAAUAAUUCGGGUACAUACGCACCUGAUCCACUGUUAUUAGAUAAUUUAAAAGCAUUAUUAAAAUUUAAUUUUCCAUCGUUAAGUGUUAUUGUUUACGAUUAUAAAGAUCCAGAAUUGAAAAUGAGUGUUGAAGAAUGUAAAACAUAUGCUAAAACAAAUUAUAAAGAUUUUCCUGC